AUGGAUAUCUCGAGCAUGCUCGAAGUACAAGUGAAUGAAGUGAAAGAGAUGGACAUCAAAGAAAAUGUUACUCCCAAGGAAUUAGUUCCGAUCAUGACAAAUGUUCCAGUAGCUAUUUCCCAAGAAGAACGUAACUUUUACAAGCUUAUGUUUAGCGAAGAUAUAUCAACAGUACGGUUUCAUAGAUUACAUUGCACAGCAUGUGAUACACACAUUGGAUCUGCACCUGCAAAUUCUCAUAAUAUGUUUGAACACCCUGUACUGCAUACACUGUUGUGUGCAAAAUGUAGGGAUUUUUAUGGAGAUGGCACCUUUGAACAAGGUGAUGAUGCUACAGAUAUGUUUUGUAGAUGGUGUGCAAAUGGUGGCAAUUUAUAUUGUUGUUCCUUUUGCAGUAAUACUUUCUGUUGCAAAUGUAUCAAAAGAAACUUUGAUCCUAUAUUACGAAAGAAAAUUGAAGCAGAUGAAAGGUGGAAGUGUUUUGUCUGUGAUCCAACAGAUUUGUAUGCUGCAAGGGGAACUUGUUGGGCUUUACUUCAGUAUAUUCAAGCAAUGAGAGUGUUGCAAAAUACUUGUAACUGGUCUCAAGAGGAAAUAGAUAUGAAAAUGAACGCUGACGAGUCUAAUUGCUGUCCACGGAGAAGGAAACGUAAGCGUCGAAGACAAGGUUCCAAUUCUGAGGAGGAUGACAAAACUUACAUACCUAAAUUAAUAGAAUCAAAUGCUGUUACAAAGCGUAAAAAAAGGGGUCGCGGUAAAGGGAAAUUCCCCAAUGGCAGCAACAUACCAAUGUCCGAUAGAUCGCUCAGCGGUAUAUCGGAGGACAAUUCUAUGGAUCGCAGUGAAAUAUUGUCGUCCUUGUUCUCGUGUGAGCAAACAUUAGUUGAAUGUGAAAAUGCUACCGUCAGUGAGGACGGAACGAUCAUCUCGCAGCAUCAGGCGAGUUCAGUGCAUCACAGAGUGAACUCAGUGGUGGCUCAGCCAUCAACGAUGUACAACGCUCCCAUUAUGAACGUUGUUGCGAAUUCCAAGUUCUUGCAACCUGCAUCCCCUAUCAUAUCUCUCCGAAAUAUACCUAAUACAUUGAACCAGACGAAUCAGAUCAAUCAAAUAAACGCACAAAUGAACCAACAAAUGAAUAUAUAUCAAACGAUGCACUCUGCGCCAGCUCCGAUGGUUACCAUACCUAAUCAGAAUGUCAACAUACUCAAUCAAUCGCGUUUUUCCUUGCCAGAAUCGCAAACACGGGCGGCAACGGCGAGUUCGAAUGUGAUAGAGAUUGAAAGUGAUCCAGAAGAGGUGGUUGUUGCUUUACCACGUUCCUCUAGGAGACAUGCCAAUAGCAAGAGAGCAGUACCUGUUGCUCUGGUGAGCUCAAAGAACAACUAUGACCACGCAAGGAGGCAAGAGCUGCAAGAGAAGCGUAACGCGAAGACAUUGAACCAAAGGUUGCUUCCUCAUGGCCAAGAGGUUAGUACUAUUCUAACGAAACUGAAGAAUAGAUUUCAAGGUUUGUUUGAGGUAUCGAAACGAGAGGAGCUCACGAAGUACGAGCUGAACGACGCUCGUCUGUUAGUUAUAGAAUUCCAUCGUGAAAUACGCAACACUAUUACUGAACUAGCGUGUAUCAAUGACAGAAUAGUUCGCGAAUAUAAUAGGUGGAAGAGGUAUCAGAUGAUGACGACAGGAGAUGUAUCUUCUAUCAGAAGCAAUACUCGUAAGAGGAUCGAAAGGUUUGAGGAAAUACCUCUGGAUAUGACCUGUACAAACGAGUCUGACUCGGAUACCGGUACUAGUACCGAUAUGGAGUACGGUACUAUUGCUUCAUCUGAGCUAGUUGGCAAUACAAACGCGAUCGACGGAAUAACUGCCCUCACAAAGAAGACCACCGCGGAACGAGGCGUAGGCAACAAUUCUGCUGUGUUGGUGGAUAAGUCAGUGCAGAUAUAUGAUACAGAAUUACAGGAUUAUGAUAAGUGUAUAAGGCAAUCCGCGCUGAAGACUCAACAAGCUGAGAAGAAGGAUAGUGUUUCUACGAUGUCUGCCAUCCAUGCCAAUAAGCAAUCUAGUGAUUAUGAGUCACACUACAUUCAGUUCCUACAGAGCCAGAACACGGAAGUUCAACGUAUGCAAACAGGGGAUUCUAAGGAGCUAUCUGAGCGAAAUGAGACUUCUCUGAAGGAUCUAAUAGGAUCUCUAAUUUCAGACAUGCUAGAGACUAUGGACAAGUCGGCUGUUCCAGGUACCAGUAACCCAAGUAUCUGUGUUAGGAAGGAGAGUGACUUGAAGCCUUCUGCUGGACAACAACAGGCGAAUUCGAUCACCUACAAGGCUGUUGAUGAUCUUGUAAACAUGAUUAGCAACAUAAAUAAUGACUUAGACAAAAAGACUCCCACGAAUGAAUCAAUGCAUAUUGACGAGUCGCAGAAUGAAGGUGACACGUAUAAUAGACAAUUUUCUACCAGUGAUGAUGUUUGUGUGGCAAACGUACUAAAAAACGAGGAACAUGACUCAAGUAGGACUAAUAACAUAGAUUUUGAAAGCGGUAACGAAGAUGACUGUACUAUUAUUGACGAUUAA